AUGAUGAUAUUGAUGAUGUAUAUGCUUAUGAUGGAUGAUGAUUUUUAUAAUGAUUCAAUUGGAGAUCAAAUUCUUUUGGAAUUAAAUAUCACUAACUUUACACCAACGUUAACUGACAAAAACAAGCAAACUACGACAUCAACUAAAGAUGAAAUUAAUGGUUUAAAUGAUAACUCACAUUCAUUAAUAACCAUACCAGAUCAAUUUCUUGAUUUCCCAUAUCCGAAACCAUAUUCACAACAACUUGAAUUGAUGCAAACCGUCUAUAAGACAUUAGAAUCUAAUUGUUGUGGUAUAUUUGAAAGUCCAACUGGUACUGGCAAAUCAUUGAGUCUAUUAACAGCAACAUUACGUUGGCUUUUAGAUUAUAAUGAAAAACAGGUUUUAUUAUUAAAUAGUCUUCAAUCUCAGUUAAAAUUAACGAAUCAUGAAAAUAAAGAGAAUAAUUCUAAGGAAUACGAUUGGAUAGUAGAAUAUGAUAAAAACCGUUUAUUAAAAAAACAAAUUAAACCACAAAUUGAAGAUCUUUUGAUCUAUCAAUCUAAUUUACAAUUAAUUGAGAAAAUGAAAUCAUCUUCCUUAUCAUUACUGUUUAAACAUCAAACUGACUUUUUAAAUGUUGAUGAAAUGACCAUAACUGAAGCGAAUAUUGAAAGUAUUGAUAUUGAGCAAUUGAAAAAUAUAAUAGACAAUACCAAUGAUCAGUAUGACUGCGAUGAUGAAUUAUUUUUAUGUAAACCUGAUGAAAACUUAUUCGAUAAAAAUAAAAUUAUCGAAUUAGAUGAAAUUGAACUGGAACAACAGUUUGAAAGUCAAGAACAACAAAAAUCUGAUAAUGGAUUAUUACAUGUAAUUUAUUGUAGUCGUACUCAUUCACAACUCGGACAAAUAGCCAAAGAAUUUGCGAAAUGUAAAACAUUAUUUAAUAAAGUCACAAUAAUUCAAUUAUCAUCAAGAAAUUUGUUAUGCACUAAUGAGUCCAUUUAUCAGUUAAAACACCCAGAUUUAAUUAAUAUUGCUUGUCUUGAAUUGAAUCGACCGCGUAAUCGUGAGCAAGGUCAAUCGAAAGGUUUCAGAUGUCCAAUGCGUAACUCAACAGCUGUUAAUAAUUUAUCCAAGCACCUAUUAAUUGGUAAUUCAGCUUUAAAUAUAACCAGUAGUAUUAGAGAUAGAAAGUCAAGUAAGUCAUCUAAAUCGAUCAAUGUUUUGAGUAAUUCUUUGGAAAAAUGCCAAAAAGACGAGAUGACAGUAAACGAUACCCAAUUGUCGUCUCAUAUUGGGUGUCCGUACUACGCUAAUCGUAAGGGAUUACCAUUAGCUCAAUUAGUUUUAGUACCAUAUUCAUCAUUGUUACAACCAUCAAAUCGUUUGACAUCUGGUUUAAAACUAAAAAAUUCAAUUGUUAUAAUUGAUGAAGCGCAUAAUUUGUUAGAAGCAACAGCGUCAUCAAUGUCAGUCAGUUUGUCGUUGGUGAAUGAUUUAUGCAAAUUAGAAGAGUUAUUUUCUGGUUAUUUACAAUAUUACCGUUCACGUUUAUCUUCAUUUCUUACAUUAAGACUACGUCAAAUGAAACAUUUUAUACAACAAUUAAAACUUUAUUUAAAUACUACACUUAAAAAUAUUCAAUUAUCAUUAUCUUCCAUAUCGGCUAAUGUUAUCAUUAAAACAGUGAAUAAAUUAUUUUCGGAAUCGAACUUGGACAACAUAAAUUUAAGUGAAUUUAUCGAUUGUUUAGAAUAUCAACACUUUAUCAUGAAAUUAAUUGGUUUCUCUAAAUGGUCUAAUAAUAUACAACAAACUCCGAAACAUUUAGAAAAUGUUGCAAUUAGCCAAACAGCUUGUUCACAAAUGACAAAUUUAUUAAACACUAUGAAAAGAAAAUAUUCUAAUGAGAAUAAUCAAUGUGGAGAUACAAGUCAGGUUUGUAUUUCGAAUAAAAAAUCUAAAAUAGAUAUUGAAAAGUCUGAAGGAAUUGGCUCCAGUUUAUUUAAAUUUCAUAGCUUUCUUAAAGCUUUAGAAUUUUGUGAAGAAGAUGCACGUAUAAUUAUUGAACCUGUUAAGAACUCAACAAAAUUAAAUCUAUCAAUCUCCUCAUCUGAUAUGUUGUCUUCGUCAAGUAAUCUUACAGAUGAUACUCAAGAUUUGUGUUUACGUGUGGUAUUUUUAAAUCCUGGAAGGUAUUUAAAAGAUCUAGUACAAGAAGCUAGAAGUGUCCUUUUAGUCGGUGGUACAAUGCAACCAUUCAACGAAGCCAUUGAACAAAUAUUUAUACCAUCUGGUAAAUUAUCCAAUCAAAUCGUCACGUUUACAUGUGAUCAUGUGAUUAAUGCGAAAAAACAAUUAGCUGUUUAUCCUUUAGGUGUACAUAUUCAUCAAUCGAAUGGGGAAGUAUUUUCAUUAGAUUUCACAUACCAGAACCGUUCUAAUCCACAUAUGAUAGAUGCAUGCGGUGAAAUAAUUUUGCAAAUAUGUCAACAACUGACUGCUGGAAUUGUUGUGUUUACUCCAUCUUAUGAAUAUCAGUCAAUUUUACAUAAUCAUUGGGAGGCGACAGGUUUACUGAAUAAAAUAGCAAAGUAUAAAAGUUUCUUUCACGAACCAAAAUCAACAACACAAUUAGAUCAAAUAAUGCAAGCUUAUGGAGUAGCAGCUACUCAAAAAUUGCAACAUAAACAUGGAGCCCUUUUGCUAUGUGUGAUUGGUGGAAAACUCAGUGAAGGAAUAAAUUUCACAGAUGAUUUAGCUCGAGUUGUGAUCAUUAUCGGCAUGCCAUAUGCAAAUCCACAGUCCCCAAUUUUAAGAGAAAAAAUGAAUUAUUUGGAUAAGCAUUUCAUUCGUGAAUCCCAAUCUACACAAAAUCCAGGUAGGCAAUAUUAUGAGACAAUGUGUAUGCGUUUAAUAAAUCAAGCUAUUGGUCGAUCUAUACGACAUGCAAAGGAUUAUGCUGUUGUCUUCUUAUUGGAUAAUCGGUACUAUCGUUCAACGAUUCAGUCACAAUUACCUAAAUGGGUUCAACAAAGUAUUAUUCAUCAACAAUCAAAUGAUAAACAAUCGAUUUCACUGUCAUCGUCAAAUCAUCACAGAGAAUUCUUAAAUUUAUCAGAAGCUUUGGAGCAUGCUAAGAGAUUUUUCUUAAGUAACAAGGAGUGUUUAGAAUAG